AUGCUCAGGUUGUGUUUGGGCAUUUGGCUCACAGGCCUAUGCGUGAUGGUGCCCAGGAAUCCAGCUUUCUAUCCAAUCGCAAUGAUUGGAGGAGUGAUUUGGUGCUCAGGUAACUGCCUCACCGUGUACAUCAUCCGACAGAUCGGCCUUGGACCAGGACUGGUGACAUGGGGCACCACUGCGCUGAUCAUCGGAUGGGUGACGGGUUUUUUUGGCCUGUUUGGGCUGCAAAGUGAUCAACCGUGCCUUGAGAAGCCAUGGCUUAAUGUAGUAGGCCUUGGGUUUGCAUUUUUGGCCUUGGCAAGCAGCACCCUAAUUAGGAAGACAGAGCCCCUGAAGCCUCCUCCUGGCGGCGAGCCUGAGGACUUCGGCCUUGAAGCAUUUCCAAAGCAUUUCCAAAAUAUUUCGAAAGCACAAAAGAGUUUCUGCCAACGGAGGUUGAACGUUCUCUGCAAUAUGUUUUUCUUAAUGUUUGUUUUGCGGGAUCUUAGCUGCUUCGAUGCUGCGCUGUACUUUCUGAUCUAUUGCGCAUGGAAAGGAAACAAGCCUCAAGUGAACCCGGAGAUCAUGCUGCCGGGAUUCGUCUCAGGAGUGAUGUGGGCCAUUGCGCAAUCAUGCUGGUUUGUCGCCAAUGUCCAGUUGGGAUACUCCGUUGCGUUUCCAAUUAUUUUGAUUGGACCUGGAUUGAUUGGAUCGCUGUGGUCUGUCUUCUUGUUCAAGGAUAUUCGUGGUCAAAGGAAUUACUUGCUUCUGCUGAUCUAUUUUGUGCUAGCGGCGAUCUCCUGUGGAUGUAUUGUUGCUUCCAGAAAGGGUACUUGCACGUAG